UCUUUUUGUGGGUCUUUGGAAGUUCAAUAUAGUUGGGUAGAUGAACUAACUCAGACGGACAAAACAAAGCUCAAGUGCAUAGUUUUUCUUUUUGAACAUUUGCACCUUUCCCAUUAGUCAUUUGCAUUCUUGGAAGAUAAUUUAGGUGUCGUUUUGCUUCUUUAGUUUUGUUACUGUACGCUCUGUUGCCUUACCAUCAAUUUGGGGUACAACGAAAAGAUUUUUCUUGAUUGGUUUGGUUUGAAAAUAUUGUUAGAGAUGAAACAUUGGUUUCAUGUUGGUAAUAAGAUCUACCAAUAAAGAUUUGAUCGUUUUAUUGUACGGUGGCUAGUUGGGAGGCUGAAAUUUGUCAUUGAAAGGGAAGAUUGAAGGAGUUUGAUAUUGUCCAAGCAAAAUCCAUAAAAAAUCAGUGUUGGGUUGCUUUUCUUUUUUCUUCUCUUGGUAUUGUUGAGGAAAUUUUAAUGCUGUUUGGUAUGUAAGAGCAAAAGUUCAAGAGAACCCAGUACUUGACAGGAUUGAAGUAUUUGAUUGGGUUUGAUUUGCUGAUUUUUGUGCAUUUGUUGGUGUUGCUUUUAGGGAAAGAAGAAGAAGAUGGUUGGAAGUAUUGAGGCAAUGAAUGUACUUCAGAAUGGAUGGUCUAUCCAGAAUGGUAAUGGUAAUGGUAGUGGUUUGGAAGAGAAGCUUGAUGAACUUAGACAUCUUCUUGGAAAAACUGAUGGUGAUCCCUUGAGGAUUGCUGGUGUUGGGGCAGGUGCUUGGGGAAGUGUUUUUGCUGCUUUGUUACAAGACAGUUAUAGUCAGUUUCGAGAUAAGGUCCAAAUCAGGAUAUGGAGAAGACCUGGAAGAGCUGUUGAUAGAGCCACAGCAGAACAUCUAUUUGAAGUGAUCAAUUCGAGAGAGGAUGUAUUAAGGAGGUUGAUCCGACGAUGUGCAUAUUUGAAAUAUGUCGAGGCAAGGCUAGGUGACCGGACUCUUUUUGCAGAUGAGAUUUUGAAAGAUGGGUUUUGCUUGAACAUGAUUGAUACACCCCUGUGUCCUCUGAAGGUUGUCACUAAUCUGCAAGAGGCUGUUUGGGAUGCAGAUAUAGUGGUCAAUGGUGUGCCUUCAACAGAAACCCGGGAGGUGUUUGAAGAGAUCAGUCAAUAUUGGAAGGAAAGAAUCACUGUACCUAUCAUCAUCUCGUUAGCAAAGGGUGUAGAGGCCGCACUGGAACCAGUUCCCCAUAUAAUUACACCCACUCAGAUGAUUAACAGGGCAACUGGAGUAAGCAUGGAGAAUAUACUUUAUCUUGGCGGACCAAAUAUAGCUUCAGAAAUAUAUAACAAGGAAUAUGCUAAUGCUCGAAUAUGUGGAGCAGAUAAGUGGAGAAAACCUCUUGCUAAAUUUCUAAGGCAGCCACAUUUCAUAGUAUGGGACAACAGUGAUCUUAUCACUCAUGAAGUCAUGGGUGGCCUGAAGAAUGUCUAUGCUAUUGGAGCUGGAAUGGUUGCCGCCCUUACUAAUGAGAGUGCUACCAGCAAGUCAGUAUAUUUUGCACAUUGUACGUCAGAAAUGAUAUUUAUUACUCAUUUGUUGGCGGAAGAACCAGAGAAGCUUGCAGGGCCUUUGCUUGCAGAUACUUAUGUAACCUUGUUAAAAGGUCGCAAUGCAUGGUAUGGCCAAAUGUUAGCCAAAGGGGAAUUGAACCGUGAUAUGGGUGAUAGCAUCAGUGGGAAAGGAAUGAUUCAGGGUGUUUCAGCAGUUAAAGCUUUCUAUGAGCUCCUGAGUCAGCCAAGCUUGAGUGUAUUGCAUCCCAAUGAAAAGAAGCCUGUUGCACCUGUUGAGCUCUGCCCCAUUUUGAAAACACUGUAUAAAAUACUUAUUUCGAGGGAACAUUCGUCACAAGCUAUUCUGCAAGCACUGAGGGAUGAAACACUGAACGAUCCCCGGGAACGCAUUGAGAUUGCACAAAGCCAUGCAUUCUACAGGCCUUCUCUUCUUGGCCAGCCUUGAUGUGACCAGUUUUCAUUGCUUAUGAAAGUGGUCACUGAAAGAAUAUAUUAUAUAUAAUUACAUAAUAGCAUUUGUUACUCUGAACAUGAUGAUCCAAAAACAUGUUGGUUUUAUAAUGAAUACUGCAAAAUCUAAUAUCGUUAAAGCUUAUAAUAAAAUGAUUUACAUUUUUGCUUUCAAA